AUGGCGCUAGAGAGCGAUCGCAGCAACAAGCGACAGAGAGUCACCUCAGACAACCGCGGGCCCACAGUCCGCAAGGAUGAAGCGGCAUUUGAGGUUGGCUCCAGUUGGCGCGUGCUGGUGCUGCGGCUGGGCGAGCGAUGCAUGGAGUUUGAUGGGCGCAUGGACCCCAUCGAGCAGAUGGACCUGUGUCUGACGGUGGUGAGCCGCAACUUUGACGCCCUCAAGGGCGAGCUGCUGCCGCUCCUAAUGCAGUGUGCAGAGGACCUUCCCCAAAAGGCACCGUUCUACACCACUCUGGUGUCGCUACUAAAUGUGGACUAUGAGGAGUUUGGGGCGUCUGUGGUGGAGCAUGUGAUGGCAGGCUUGCAGGCGGCCUUUGAAACUGGAGAGUGCAACAAGAUGCGCAUUCUGCUGCGCCUUCUCGCGCUGCUGUCUGUGGCAGCAGUAGUGCCAGAGUCUGAGGUGUUGCAAGUUUUGUCUCUUCUGGUCGACACCGCCACCUCGCACCUCGACCCGACAGCUGGCGGGAAUCCCAACUGGCAGCCUCGGGCGGACUUCUUUGUCUUUUGUGUGCUUGCCUGCCUUCCCUUUGCCGCUCAAGACUGGCAGGAGUCGCAUCCGGACGAGCUAGCCAGUCUGCUGGCGGCAGUGCAGGGCUACAUGGAAGCCCGCUCGCCGCUCGUCUUCCCCGCACUCGCGGUCUUCGAGCCUCAGCCCACCGACACCACACCGCCACAGGACUAUCUGGAGGAGCUGUGGGAUCGCAUCAAGGCAUGCAAGGAAGAUUCCUGGAAGGCGGAAAGUGUGCCUCGCCCCCACGUGGCAGUGAAGGAAAGGCUCUCCUCUUCCAUGUGCCACCCCAUCGGCCUCUUCACUCCGCCGCUGCCGCCCCCUGCUGCCGCCCAACUCGACACUGAUGCUGACAUGGACGAGGGCGACGACGAGCACAAGCAGACAAGAGCCGCCGCCCGGCAGCGCUUCGAGGCGCUGCAACAGUUCUCGCCCCGGAUUGGGCGUCUGAAGCUGUUUCCGCCAGCCAAGACCGACGCUACAAUGUCACCCAUCGACCGAUUUGUGGUGCAGGAGUAUCUGCUGGACGUGCUCUUCUACAUGAACGGCAGUCGCAAGGAGUGUGCGAGCUACCUGGUGGGCCUGCCUGUGCCGUUCCGCUACGAAUACGUCAUGGCGGAAACCGUCUUCUCCCAGUUGCUGCUGCUUCCCCGGUCACCCUUCCGCCCCAUCUACUACACAAUCGUCCUCGUUGACCUCUGCAAGGCUCUUCCCGGCGCCUUCCCAGCAGUGCUGGCAGGGGCAGUGAGGGCGUUGUUCUCCCGGGCGGCAAUCAUGGACGUGGAGUGCAGGACACGUGUCAUCCAGUGGUUGGCCCACCACCUGUCCAACUUUGCGUUUGUGUGGCCGUGGGCGGCGUGGGCAGCAGUGGCACGGCAGCCGGAGUGGGCCCCACAGAGAGUGUUUGUAUCAGAGGUGCUGGAGAGGGAGAUCCGCCUCUCCUACUAUGACAAGAUCAGAGAGUCCCUUGGUUCCGCGGAGAUGGAGCAGCUUCUCCCUCCCAAGCCCGAGCCCGUGUUCAAGUUCAAGCGCAACCGCGCCGCGGGGCCGGGGAGACUGCUGGCGCCUGCAGAGGGGGAGGGGGAAGGGGAGGGAGAGGGGGAGGGGCGCGGGAGGAAGGAAGGCGGGGGGGAAGGGGAGAAGAAAGAGGGGGAGAAGUCGGGAGAGGGAGAGGGGGACCGCGACAUGAAGGAGGGGGGCGAGGGGGAGGGCGGGGAAGGGGGGAAAGACGGGGGGAAAGACGGCGGAAAAGGCGCAGUGCAGCAGUAUGGGGAGGGGGUGGAUGCAGCAGCGGUGGAGGUAGCUGAGGAGCUGAUAGUGAUGGUGCGGACGAAGCGGGCAGGCAGGGAGGUGGCGGCGUGGGUGGAGGAGCAGGCGGUGGGCAAGGUGGGCGGGGACAAGGGCCGCGCGCUGGAUGUGGUGGCCCAGACGCUGCUGGUGCUGGGCUCCAAGAGUAUUACCCAUGCGGUUACCGUGCUGGAGAGAUACGGGCUGGCGCUGCAGCUGCUGGCGCCUGAUCAGGUGGGUUUGGUUUGGGGUGCAGCUGCUGCACAGCAUAUGGACGGUGUGGGCCAACGCCUCUCAGAUGGCGUCAUUGGUCACCUAGUCAAAUGCGGACAGCACACUCCUUUCCCGUACUCCCCCCCGACCCCCCUUAUCGCUCACCCUCCCCGCCCCACCACAGCCCUCCCAGGUGCAGCUGCUGCACAGCAUAUGGGCUGUGCAGCUGCUGCACAGCAUAUGGGCCGUGUGGGCCAACGCACCGCAGAUGGCAGCAGUGGUGGGGACGAGCUAACAAGUGCCAAAAACACACAUGCUCUCCCCCACCCCUCUCCCCUGUUUCCCCCACCCCAACAGCCCUCCCAGGUGCAGCUGCUGCACAGCAUAUGGGCCGUGUGGGCCAACGCCCCUCAGAUGGCGGCGGUGGUGGUUGAUCGCUGCCUCGGCUUCCGCCUCGUCUCGCCUCUCGCUCUCCUUGACUGGUGCUUCGUGCCCGCUCAUUACGAGCUCUACCACACCUCCGAACGCAUCUGGGAGGUGAGGUUGGUCCCUGUUGAGUCGACUGAGAAGUCGCUUCCGUCUCCUCCUCUCCCCACUCGCUCUGCUCGACUGAUUCUCCGCACCGCCGUGUCAAAGGCCGCCAACCGCCUGCGCCACGUCAGCGCUGAGGUGGCGGUUCUCGAGAGGGCGUCGGCUGUGGCAGCAGCGGCUGCCAGCAAGGCGCGCAGCGAAUGGGAGGCUUCCACGUUGGCAGAGGAGGAGGCGGAGGGAGAGGAGGCGAAAACACAGGCUGCAGCCAAAGCUGAAUGGGCCAAGCAUCGGAGCAGCAAGGCACAGGAGGAGGCGGAGGCAGCAGCAGCAGCGGUGGAGGGCAAAGAGAGGAUGAGGCGAGAGGCCGAGGAGGAGGAGCAGGCCCUGUUCAUUGCUCUUUUGCUUCACUUCGCUACGGCCGUCAACAAUCGGCGGGCUGCUGUGGCUGAGGCAGCAGCGCGGGAGGAAGAGGAAGAGGAGGCGAGGAGGGUGGAGGAGGAGAGGAUGGAGGAGGAUGAGGGGGACGACACGGGAAUGGAUGGAGAGGAGGGCGGGGAUGGUGGCAGUGACAGGAGGCUGGCAGGGCGGAGGAAGAGGGAGGAGGAGAGGAGGAAGGAGGAGGAGGAGCGGGGGCACAAGAGGCGGCUCAAGGCGGCGGGGGAGAAGGAGUGGAUGCGCUGUGUGCUGGGCCACAUGCGCUCGCUGUGCCGCUACCACAGCCCGCAGGUGUGUUAA